AUGGGGACUGUUUCCGCGAAAGGCCAAGUCAUCUCCGGCAAAAGCGGAUGCGCCGGCGCAUCGGACCCCGCUAUUGCAAGCGGGCGCGGGGCUACGCGGGGGUCUGCAGGGGCGGAGGGGGCGGUCAAGGCCGCGGGCGCACGCGGCUCCGCGCCUCAGUACGUCCCGGGCCACCGUCGCGAGCGCUUGUUAGAAAAUCGCGAUCGCAGUGUCAGUGUUUGUGGUACAGUUAGCCGGCGCCGCCAGGUCGUCGACCGCGCGAGUAUGAGCGCGCAGCCCCCGCCCCACCGCGCCACCCUUUUCCCG